GGAAUAAACGCGCCACCUCUAAAUAUCCAGUUGUGAAUUUUGGCAGGACCCGUCAUAAGUAUCUAAGCCGUGCUUUAGUCAAGAGUACUUUCAGCCGCUGUGUGUGUCACAUUUUUUUUUUCUGUUGCAUUAGUUGGAUACUUAUCUGCGACCAUGGAAGCCAUCAAAAAAAAGAUGCAAUCUAUGAAGCUCGAGAAGGAAAAUGCCGUAGAUAGGGCGGAUGCUAUAGAAUUACAAGCUAGGGAUGCCCAGCUUAGAGCCGAAAAAGCCGAAGAAGAAGUUCGUGCUCUGCAGAAAAAGAUACAACAAAUCGAAAAUGAACUGGAUCAGGCACAAGAACAAUUGGUUCAGGCUAAUAACAAACUGGAAGAAAAAGACAAGGCUCUUCAAGGGGCUGAGGGUGAAGUUGCUGCUUUGAAUAGGCGUAUACAACUCUUAGAAGAAGAUCUUGAACGUUCUGAAGAAAGGCUGAAAAUUGCCACUCAGAAAUUGGAAGAGGCUUCUCAAGCUGCUGAUGAAAGUGAACGCAUCAGAAAAGCCUUGGAAAACCGUACUAAUAUGGAAGAUGACCGGAUAGCAUUAUUAGAAACUCAACUAGGUCAAGCUAGGUUGAUUGCUGAAGAAUCUGAUAAAAAAUAUGAAGAGGUGGCUCGCAAGUUGGCCAUGGUUGAGGCCGAUCUGGAACGUGCUGAAGAGCGUGCAGAAACUGGGGAAUCCAAAAUUGUAGAGCUUGAAGAGGAACUUCGUGUAGUUGGCAAUAAUUUGAAAUCCUUGGAAGUGAGUGAAGAAAAGGCACUGCAAAAAGAAGAUUCAUACGAAACAACGAUUCGUCAGUUGACACACAGACUCCAGGAGGCUGAAGCAAGGGCUGAAUUUGCUGAAAGAUCGGUACAGAAACUUCAAAAAGAAGUUGAUAGACUUGAAGAUGAUUUGCUUGCUGAACGAGAAAAGAACCACCUUCUACAGGAGGAGGUGGAAACUACUUUGAAGGAUAUUCAGUCCAUGUGACCUCAUCUUGCCUAUAUGUUAUGUGUGAUGAUCCUUGUAGAAGAUGACCUUGUUCAGGAAAAAGAAAAAUACAAGACCAUCUCUGAUGAAAUGGACCAGACUUUUGCUGAACUUACUGGUUAUUGAGGAGCCUUUGUACUGUCUGUCUAUGUAUCUAUAUACAUACCUAUA